CGGUGCACCGGGAGAAUGAGAACCGCUCUGAGCCCAGAGAUAGAGACAUACCUUCAAAACAAGAAACCACCUUCCAUUUCAGAUGCUGCUUUCAGCUUCUCUCUGACUGUCUCUAGGUAUGAAAUAAAAUAGGGCAUGCCAGCGGACCGUGUCCUUCUCCUAAACAUGUCGCUUCUCUUCCGCUGAAUAGCAACAUAGCUGUCCUUGUCGUUGCACAGACGGGAAUGUCAACUCCGCAAGAUGGUCCGUAUAGCGAGCGUCCUGGGGUUGGUGAUGUUCAGUGUUGCUCUGCUCAUACUCUCGUUGAUCAGCUACGUGUCAAUAAAGAAAGAUUUUCUCUUCACGACCCCCAAAUAUGCAAGUUCAGGGGGUCCUCGGAUGUAUAUGUUUCAUGCCGGAUUUCGCCACGGUCCAAUCCCUUCACAAGUACGAUACCAUCAGGACAUCAUCCAACCAAUUGACAUCAGGUCUCAGCUGGCCAUGAAGUACCUGGACCCGGCCUUCACCCCUCUGACCAAUGCCCUGAAUGAGGGCCUCCAGGAGAACACCUCCAAAUGGCGCUAUAACAGAACGGCUUUCACAGAACAGAGAAAAGAGAUCUCUCAGCACAUCGACAUCGCCCACAACUUCACCCUGACCCGGAGCAGCGUGCGCGUGGGUCAGCUGAUGCAUUACGACUACUCCAGCCACAAGUACGUCUUCUCCGUCGGAGAGAACUUCAAGUCCCUGCUCCCCGAGGCCUCCCCCAUCGUCAACAGGCACUACAACGUGUGCGCCGUGGUGGGCAACAGCGGCAUCCUCACAGGGAGUCGCUGCGGCCCCGAGAUCGAGAAGUUUGACUUUGUCUUCCGUUGCAACUUCGCUCCCACCGAGAUCUUCCGCCGGGACGUGGGGCGGAGGACCAACCUCACGACCUUUAACCCCAGCAUCCUGGAGAAGUACUACAACAAUCUGCUGACCAUCCAGGACAGGAACAACUUCUUCCUGAGUCUCAAGAAGCUGGACAGGGCCAUACUCUGGAUCCCUGCCUUCUUCUUCCAUACCUCGGCCACGGUGACCAGGACCCUGGUGGACUUCUUUGUGGAGCACAGAGGACAGCUGAAGGUUCAGCUAGCGUGGCCUGGCAACAUCAUGCAGUACGUCAACCGAUACUGGAAGACCAAGCAGCUGUCACCGAAGCGUCUGAGCACGGGGAUCCUCAUGUACACUCUGGCCUCAUCCAUGUGUGAGGAGAUCCACCUGUACGGCUUCUGGCCCUUUGGCUGGGACCCCAACACGGGCAAGGAGCUGCCCUACCACUACUACGACAAGAAGGGUACCAAGUUCACCACCAAGUGGCAGGAGUCCCACCAGCUGCCAGCAGAGUUCAAACUACUCUAUAAGAUGCACACGGAGGGACUUAUCAAACUAACGCUCUCACAUUGUGCCUAGACCUGACUGGACUGGACCAAACCAGACUGGACCGGACCGACCUGGACCAGACUUGACCGGACCGACCUGGACCAGACUGGCAUGGACUAGAUCAGACCAAAAGGCCAAUUCUGGCAUGAUGUCAUUUUCUGGUUGUGAACUGGUUUUCUGGUUGAGAAGACGUUAAGUAACCAGAUUACAACCAAUUGUUCGCUGUUACUGUACAGACAGGUAUACAUGUAUUUUUAAUGACGACAUCAAGAAGUCAUGAGAAAGACGUUAUAUUUUGCUUGUUAUCUGGUCAGAUAACCAGAUCACAACUAUAUAAAGACGUAUUUUUCUGGUUGUAAAAAUACGUUAGCAUAACGUCAUUAUACAAUCAGUGUACAGUACGACCUGACCAUGACAUCACUGCAACCUGUUUUGCCUGCUGCGAUGGGCCAGUGAGAUUCUCACUAUCUGGCUGCCCAAGAUGGCUGCCCAAGAUGGCUGCCCAAGAUGGCUGCCCAAGAUGGCUGCCCAAGAUGGCUGCCCAAGAUGGCUGCCCAUGUUGUUGCCUGCUAGUGCUACGCUUUGUGACAGCUAUACUAGAGCAGCUAAGACACAGUAAAUCAGCCUUUAUCUCUAACCUGAGCUCAUCAUUCUUUAUCAGAGCUCUGGUUUAUAUAUGGCACAAUAGAAAUGACAGAAAUACAUUGAGAUUAUAUACUGUUUGUGCAGGUGCAGCCAGUUAUAUUCUAACAAAGUGGUUAUGGUGAUUAUUUACGUCAGGUCUUUUUCUCAGGAGAUUUAAGUUGCUGUGUUUUUUUUGUUGUUGUAGGCUUUUUAAGAAUUCGAACAAUGUUAACAAAGUAUCACUGCUGAAUAAUGGAACUUUCAUUUAACAGGGCACGAGAAAUGCAGGUACAGUAAACCCAAGACCCCUACAGAAGCCUUUGGGAGUGUUGCUGAGGUGUAGAUGGAGUUAGAAUUGCACAUUGCUACGCGUUUAUGUACUGUGACUGUUCAGAUAUAUAUUAUUCUGUGUGUAUUACAGUAACUUCUGCGUAGUCCUACUGUAUAUGGCGCUAUGACUGAGAAUGAAUAGACUUCAAUACAAGAAUGGGAUGAAACACUGUAUAUACAGCAGUAUGUGGACACCCCUUCAAAUUAGUGUAUUCGGCUAUUUCAGCCACACACGUU